UUAACAUAAUUUGACAGUUCAUUUUGCAUUGGAAAAUAUUUCAGCAAUCGUGUCACAUGAAAGCAAUCUCAUCAUGAGUCUUAUUUUUAGUGACGGUUGUUAAACCACAGACUUCCCCUUUCCACAGUAUAGCUGUCCUCCCUGCUUUCUUUCAGUCUCAUAGCUCUCAGUGUGCCUGUCAAGAGGACUCUGGGGGAUAACUGUGCUCCAUGAGGACCCUGCUGGCUCUAACUGUACUGCCAUGGCUCACCCUGAGCAGCACCACAGUAAAAAAUAUAACAGUUCCACCAGAAGUGGAGGUGGAUUUUAACUGUAAUGCGACAGCACUGCCUGUGAGAUGGAUGUGGUUCCCCAAACACUGCAAGUGUGCCGGGGAGAGCUCUACGAAGGUCAUUUACACCAUCGAUAAGCAUGGAAACAAGACAUCAGUACAGAGGUUUAAGAAGCGCUUAACACUGAGAGGAGAUCUGAGAGCUGGAGAGCAUGCUCUGGUUUUGAGUGAUUCUGUCAUGAGCGAUUCUGGGACCUAUACCUGUGCAGAUUCAAAAAAACGUAUACAGCGUUAUGAACUAGAGGUUACUGCAGGGUGCUAUCACAAUGUUCAGAUCAAGAACAGAUCACGUUCAAGGACAGAACAUGUCAUAUUAUCUUGCUCCUCCUGUGCUCGCAGAAAGCAGAUAAAGAACUUCAACUGGACCUUCAAUGGAAAGCCAGUUAGUGAUUUACCUGGCAUUAGAUAUAUAAGGAAUUCAGUAGUAAUUAUACAGAAUGUGACCGCUGAUGAUGAAGGGAAGUGGAUCUGUGCGUCUGUGGAUGACCCCUCUCAAUUCUCAGAGUAUUGCCUGGACUUGGGGUCAAAGACUGGACGGAAGAAGAAUGAGAACAAAUAUCCGAAAGAUACAACACAGGCGACAGGACUGAAUAAAAAUGACUCGGAGAUUGACGGAAAAGGCGGAUUGACUGAUCCUUUGAAAGCAGUGAUACUGGCGGUAGUGGUUCUUAUUGUGGUGGCAUCUGUGACUUCAGUGUGGCUGUACAGGAGGAAGAGAUCUCACAGGUUGAACCAAAAUCUCACUGUUAAUUCAGCUCCAAACCGUGACAUUUCUCCCCCGGUGUCUGUAGGGAAUGGUCAGGCAGUGACAGGCACUGCUACACAGGAUGAAGAUGAGGGUCAGUAUACCUCCCUGACUGUAAGGGAGUCUGCAAUCUACUGUGAUCUCAGAGUACAAUAGCGCCCUCUGCUGGAGACAGCAGUGGUGCGCAACAUGCAGCCACUUCAUAUGAGCCCAGCCUACAGCUCUGGCCAAAAGUUCUGCAUCACCCUAUAGAAUGAACUGCUUGUUAGUCUUAUAGUAUGAAACUGUUACCAUGACAACGUGCAGGUAUGAAUUCACCCAGAGUAUUUAAAUAAUUGGUAUUUACCUGUGAUAAUCUGAUAACCCAAACCUGUAACCCAACAGCAUUUACCAAGUCACUGUGGUGUGCACGGACUUCUUAAACUUAAGUGAUCUUUAAACCGGGGAGUUUUGAAUAGAGUUAUGAAAAUGAUCCUCUAAUGUGUUUGUGUGGUUUCUUUGUAAGACAAGACCAGAUGGCCAACGCAUUGUGUAAAUAAAAUAAAUGUUUGUGUGCUCUGAA